AAGGAAAAAAAAAAAAAAAGAGAGAGAGCUAAAGCGUUAGAUAAAAAUCUCAUUAUUUUGUCGAUCGUGCUCAAUAAUCAUUACCUUUCAUCUUCGUCGUCGUCUUCUUCUUCUUCUUCGCCGCCUUGAUCUUUACGAUUUCCCUUUCCCUUUCAGCUCCAGUUUCAACCUGCAUUUCUCUAUCCUCAAUUUUGCGUUGAUCAGAUCGACGGAGAGGGUUUGUGGGGGAGUGAGGAAGACGAAGAGAUUUUUCUUAAACCUCUUUAAUGUGUGAUCUUUCGACGUGAAGGACAAUAGUGAAGAAGCCAAAGCAAAAAUGAUGUCGUUUACAGGAACUCAACAGAAAUGCAGGGCGUGCGAGAAGACAGUGUACCCUAUGGAGCUUCUCUCAGCUGAUGGAGUCCCUUUUCACAAGUCUUGCUUCAAGUGCUCUCACUGCAAAAGCAGGCUUCAACUGAGUAAUUAUUCAUCAAUGGAAGGUGUGUUGUACUGUAAGCCUCAUUUUGAGCAGCUCUUCAAGGAGACUGGUAGUUUCAACAAGAACUUUCAGUCACCUGCAAAGCCAUUAACUGACAAGCCAACCCCUGAGCUGACAAGGACACCUAGCCGAGUUGCUGGAAUGUUCUCUGGAACUCAAGACAAAUGUGCUACUUGCAGUAAAACCGUGUAUCCUAUCGAAAAGGUAACUGUGGAGAGCCAGUGUUACCAUAAAUCUUGCUUCAAGUGUUCACAUGGAGGAUGCCCGAUUUCUCCAUCGAACUAUGCAGCUCUCGAGGGGAUUUUGUACUGCAAACACCAUUUCGCUCAGCUUUUCAAGGAGAAAGGAAGUUACAAUCACCUCAUCAAAUCUGCUUCCAUCAAACGCUCUGCUGCUGCUGCUACAGCUGCAGCUGCUGUAGCUGCUGUAGAAGCCAUUUCCGAAUCUUGAAUUCGCCCAUUUUUAAGUUAAAAAAAAUAUAAAAAGUUUCUACCAACCAGGUUUCAGUUUGUGUCUGUCUUUGGUGUGUGUAAUGUUUUGUUUUUACCUGUAUUCACUUCUUCAUGCUCUUCUUGUGUUCCAUAAUGAACCAGACAUAAGAUUCUCGUAGGUCUCUCUUGAGUUUGUUCUUGUUAUGAUUAUAACUCUCGGUUCCAGUUC